CUACCACAAAGGUUAAGUAUAUAUAACAUGGGUGACCAGUAGCCUCUGUUAUUAAUAAAUACACUGCCUUCUUUACAGCUGUUUAUCAAUUCCUUCCCGUUGCAGGAAUAGUAUUAACUUUCCCAUUCGAGCUUGCCUGUGAGGAGGGAAGGUCGUUACCGGAGAAAAACCCUUUGGAAGUACUCACGGAAGAACAAGCACCGAAUGAUCCUGCCAGGGCCUUAUUACUACAAUUCGAGGAGGUAGAAUAUUUGCCCCGCAGAAUAAUGCGCAGACUGUAACUAUUACGGAGGUGUUUAAUGUCAACAACAAGGACCUUCUAGGAGUGCUUUCAUGAUGCGUGCAAUAAAAAUCCUUGGUCAUGUAAGAAAGACGAGUCCUUCAAAAACUGGGGCAAGGGAAUGGAUAAUGUUUUUAUAGGAGAUUUUUUCAAAUGCUUUCACUAAUUUUAAGAAGCCUGAUCGACCUCUUUGGCGACGACAUUAAUGCUCGUCUGGAUGAUUGGGUCUUCUCUGGAAGAGAAGCGCCACCGUCCUCUUACUGGGUCACCCACCAUGCCAUCCCUGUUUGGUGUCACUCUCAUAACAAUUACACGCGUGCUGCCCCGUUCCACUCUGCUAUCAAAGUAGGCAGUGUUAGUGUCGGGGCGGAUAUCUGGCUUUCAGAGGACGAUCUUCUCGUCCGACACAAUCGGUUCACGCUACACCCUGCUGUCACUUUGAGGAGUCUGUACCUGGACCUGCUAUUGGAUAUACUUGAAAAACAUAACCCUCGUUCGAGUAAUUUGCAGCUGGUGCAAUUGGAUGGCCGGGAACUUGCUGGUGUGUUUGCGAACAAUCCGCUAUGGAGCCCUGUGACUGUUGUUGGGUCGAGGGUUGCGCCAUUCCAAGAUAUUAUACCAAACAGCACGGUGACAGAUAUCUUCCUCGAUGCACCAUUGGCCAAACUAGUGUAGACGGCUCGCCUGGAGCGACGAUGCAGGACUGGAGAAAACAACGAAGUUAGUUCAUGUAAUGUUGAAGCUAUACAAUUGAUGUACAAUCCUUCUGAGCCUCCAUAAUCGUGACCACAGCGUUUCCCAAGAUCCCUUUAAAAGGGAUUGACCCUGAAAUUACUGCAUAAUGUUCAGGAUCGAAAUUGGCGACCUUGAGCUCAUUCCCCUGCUGGCUGUAAGGGGCG